AUGGAAAUUUUGACCGUCUUUAAUUUGCAGGCUAAAAAGCAGGACACGAGCAACAUUACUAAAUGGAAGAAAAAGUGGAGGUUGAAGAAAGAUAAACCAUUAGGUCUGAAUCAAGAUGUGUGGGAUGGGUUUCAAGCUUAUUGGCAGCUCGAUGCUACUGCAAAUAUUGCAUCGAACAAUUCUCUUAAUAGAAAAAGCAAGCGUGGUGGAAAAGGUGAAGCAGUACACAAUGGUGGUGCUAAGACAAGAGAACAACGUGAGAUAGAAAUGUGGAAGACUGCUGAAAGGGGUGGUGUGCGACCAGAUUGGUUAGAUUUGAUGAGGGAUAUGCACACCAAUAAACAAACCGGUGAGGUGCAAGAUCCCGUUGCGAGAGAGCUGUUGGCAACUCUGACAAAGCUGAAGGAGGACAAAGAAGCAGAGCUUCAGCAGUCUCAGUAA